CUGAUACACUUACACCAAAGAGUAGGUGCUUACAACUACAAAUUACAAUUUACAGUUACUGGAUUAGCUACAUUGAGGGAACGUCUUUAAAAUACAAUAAUUAGUUUUUUCACUAUUUUGUGUUUCGCUUAACUCACCGAACAUGUCAAACAAUGUAAAUCGCAAAAGGGCAGUUCCACCCUUGAAAAAAGUUCCACAAAAAGCUAAGAAAUUACGCAAGCAGAUCUCUGAUGAUGAAGACAGUAAUGAUUCUACAAUGUCCGAUCAACCUCAAGAGGCUCCAAGAGAACCCUCACCUCUUCCAGAUGAACUUACAGAAAAAUUACCAGAAGAGUUGCUUAAGACAUUCUAUAAAACUCCUGGGAUUCUCAUGAUUGCAGGACUUGUGUCCUGGGAUUUGGUAUCCAAGAGGGAUAAUAAUCCAUUGAAGAAAACUCAUCCCAAUCUCUUCACUUUCCAUAAGUUUACAGAUAAAAAGUAUAGACUAAUAGUCAGUGGAUGUAGUGCGGGUCAUUCAAUUCUUGUUUCUGAAGAGGGAGAUGCAUAUACUUUUGGGCGCAACACAUGUGGACAGCUAGGUUUUGGCGACACGACCACACGGAAUCUACCUGAGCUUGUGCCCACACUCGAAGGCCUAAAUAUAAUUCACGCCGCUGCCGGCAGAAAUCACUCCUUAUUUGUAACAGACACUGGCACUGUAUACGCUUGUGGCGACAACAAGAGCGGUCAGUGCGGCCUCGGCAACACCACGCCCUUGAUUCACAAGCCCACCCGCAUCCGAUACAGUGGUGCUCCGAUAGUAAAGGUGGGAUGUGGUGCAGAGUUCUCUCUGAUACUUGACUGCAAUGGAGCUUUACACUCGUUUGGGCUGCCAGAAUAUGGACAACUAGGUCAUAACACUGAUGGGAAAUAUUUUGUGACAUCCACCAAGCUUUCGUACCACUUUGAGACCGUUCCUAAAAAGAUGACAUUUUUCUAUGAGAAAUCUAAGGAUGGGCAUGUGACACCGAUCAAAGAUGUUGCCAUAGUUGAUUUUUCUUGUGGCAAUAAUCAUACGGUUGCAAUAGAUUCAUCAAAACGUGCCUUCAGUUGGGGAUUCGGCGGGUUCGGUCGUCUUGGCCACGCGGAACAGAAGGACGAAAGUGUACCGCGCCUUAUCAAGUACUUCGACUCGCAGGCGCGCGGCGUUCGCUCCGUGCACUGCGGUGCUACAUACAGCCUUGCUGUUAACGAGCUUGGGGCUCUAUUUAUGUUUGGCCAAACGAAGCGCACUGGAGAGGCAAACAUGUACCCAAAACCAGUACAAGAUCUCACAGGCUGGAACAUCCGUAGUGUGGGUACCAGCAACACAUCGAUUGUCAUUGCAGCUGAUGACUCACUGAUUGCUUGGGGAGUCUCCCCAACCUAUGGUGAAUUGGGGACGGGUGACAUAAACAAGUCCACGGCCAGACCUAGAGAAGUGUCUUCAAUGGAAGGAUUGAACAUCACCCAGGUGGCCAUGGGUUUCUCUCAUACUUUGCUUCUCUGCAACGAUAGCUCGGAGGAAGUGAAGCAGAAGUUGGCAACAAUGCCUACAUUUGACCCUUAAUUACAUUACAAUUUGCGCGAAACAUGGGAAGCGUGUAACGGUAAUCGUACCACAUAUCCCAACAUUACGUAAGCGUGAAUGACUUUAAAUUAUUUUGUGUAUAUUUGUAGUUGGUUUUCUUAGUUAAUUCAUUUUCCAUUACGAUACCGUCUAGAUGCGACCUAGAAAUAUUUGUACGAGUGGAGUUUAAAAACUUGCCACACCCUUACUUUUAAGUCUAUUAUUUUAAAAUUAAAUGCUGAACCUGAACAAAUUUAGGAAACAGCUCAUAGCAAUUGUAACUUCAGAUUUACGUAAUGCAGGGUAUUACUUUAAUGGAUUAGAAUUCAGCAUAAUGUUCUAAAAUCAUAUGUUUGACUUUCGUAUGUACUUAACUCAAUUGUCUAUUGUUAAAAAAAAUAUCGCAGUCUCUUCACACAUAACUCACCGUUUAGUUAGUAAGUUCUAAAUGUUUCUCGAUAAUCUGCAACCGCAUUGCUUGUAUUUAAUAUAGGUAAAGCAGGCAGUGGCUUCCCUCAAGCUACCUGGUAAAGAUGGUAAUUAACACGGUUUGCAUUCAUUACUCUUUAAUUUCUUAAUAUUUAACAGGUUCAUGCAUGUUUUUUAAAUAAGACUUAUCUGUGUGAAUUAAUGUUAUGCCAGAUCCUAAUAAUUAUUUGGGAGGGGAUUUUAAUCAUGGAACGUUUUUCGAUUAAUUAGCCAGUUGUGAUUGUGGCAUUAGGUGUAAACUUAUGCUAGAAGCAAGAGGCUUAAGGUCUGCUGAAAAUGUCAACAACAAGGAAACCAGAAAUACAUUUUUUUUAGUGUCACUAAAGUUUCCCGAUUAGAAAAACAAAUGUACUUUUACCGCGUUUGAUGCUGUCAACACGUUGCUGCAGCUGAGGCCAAAUGUUAAGCGUUCGCGAUCCAACGCCUCUUGCUGCCCUUGAUAUCAAACCAAGACAAUAAUCGUCUUCUAUUUUGAAUCAUAUAAAUCGUUAAUAAUGAACAGUUAGUUAACUGUGACACGAAUCAUUUGAUGUCAAUUAUUUUCAACAUAAAUGAUUAUAAGAAAAAUGCAAAUAUAUCGGUUUGUAAACCCAAUACGACGCCAAGCCUGUUGUGUCAAUUAUAAAUUGGUAUUCAAAGAAAUACAGUAACGCCCGACACUAGACAUAGCGUCUAAUAUUUCUUUAAAUACCGAACUUCGAGCGUUUUAAGUGACAACGUAGGAUUUUCGUAAUGUGUUUCAUCUCAUCGUCUUUGUUAUUAAGAUAGACUUUUACUCUACACCAUUGGAGGUGUUUAUGUUUAAGAUUAUAAUUUUUAAAAAUGGCAGACCUACAAAUAUCAAACGCCUAUCGUAAUUUCAUAGUAAAUUAAAAAGAAAAAAUUAUACACUUCCUUACUUUGUAUAAUUAAAGUAGUUUGACAUCUUGCAACACUCAUUGCUUAAGUGCCGACAAAGCUACACGAUAACUAUACACGACACUCUAACUAUAGAAAACUAACUCUGUUAAGUGUUUAGUAAUUAGUGGAGUGUUAUACAAACUAGGCAGAAAUUUAGGGCAAUAAACACUCAGAUAGUCCUCUUUUUAUAGUGUAGUCAAAUCGGUAUUUUACAUCUAAAUCGAAUUUCUUUAUUCAAAUGACCUUUACAGCUUCGAUCAAUGAUGACGAUGAAUAUACUAAAUGUACACCGAUGCCGAUUCUGUUGUACACAAAUCAGCAAACGAAAUUAAAUUAACAGGUCUAACAGUAGCGCUAUUUUUAGACGUGUCAGUUUAGAUUUGUUUAGAUAUUUAUGUACAACAUUAAUGGCACCACUGUUAGUAUUCAGCAAGAAUCAUUGGAAAAUAUAAUCGCGCACACAUUAUUUCCAUUAGUACUGAGAAAAAUAAAGCCUUAGAACAAGAUGUGCUCACUCACAAUCGAGGACUCGUUCGCAUAUCAGACUCUAGGCCGUCAAAUUAAAAUGAACCUAAUAUUGUUUAUUUAAGAUUUGCAAAUCCUGUACUCGAAAACGACUCCUCAAUUGCGAGCUAGCAUAUAUUGUUCUAAUGCUAAAGGUGUGAAUGUAGAGUGACCGUCCGGAAUAACAAUAAAAGUGACAGUUAACCUUAUUUCAGGUAAUUACCUACAUAUAAAAAGUUACAGUCAAUAUUUUAGAAACACGAACAUGACCGAUGAUGAAAAGUAAGAAGGAAACUUUACUUUUUAUAUUAGUUAUUGAUCGAAGCAAUAAUAGAUAAUUUUCAUCAUUAUUACGAGGUGACGAAUAAAGCUUCAUAUUGAAUUGAAUUUAAAAAGCUCCCCGCACCCAGGCAAUAUUAUAGACAAUAUUCAGAUUAUUGUUAACAAUUAUAAGCGUGUGUCCAGGGUGCCUAACGAUUAAAUGCAUCAAAUUAGUUUAGAACCUAAAUCUUAUGGUCACAGAUCACUGACCUCUAUUACCAUUGGACUGACUGUCCGUAUAAAAAUGACAUUUAUGAUACAGCCAUCAUUGGUUACACCCUGGAACCAAUAUAGUGUUUUUAAUAAUUCGAAUUUUAAUUCCUUGACCACCGUAUUUCAGCUUCGUAAGUUUUAAGCGCCAAAAUUGCGACAGUCAUUUGAAGACAACAACAGAGUGACAGCCUGUAGAUAGGUAACAAAAGAGGUCAGUGUGACAGAUUAAAAUGAACAUAACUCUUUUAUUUAAUGAUUUUGCCAGUCAAACGAUUUCUUAUUGAUUUUUUAACGAAGUCAGCCUGGGUCUUGUCAUAGAUUACGCCUAGCUUAUAAACAUUACACAAUAAGUUCAUCGAAUAUUAAACAAGUAUACAACUUUACAAAUUAUAUAUCAUCUCUUAGCUUGCGUACAAAAAUGUAUUAUAGGUGUAAUAAUGUAAACAAUCGAUUUCCUUUGAACAAUUAAUAUUAUAUUAUUUGCUGGAGAGUAGGACUUGCAUAGUUUCAAUGCAUAUAGGUAAACAAUAGUUUUUUAAAAGGAUAACAAUUUUUAGUGUUUAUAACUGACUGAUUUUUUCUAUUUCAUAGUUGCAGGAAAUAAGACUGGUAUUUUAAGAGUUACUAUAAAUAUAAUUAUAUUUUAUUGACGCCUGGAAUCUUAUGCAUUGAUAUAAGAAAGACCAUUCAGAAAGCAUUUCUUUUGUUUAAAUAUCACGUACCUGAAAUCCAUAACAGCUAAGCUCAUAAGUGAAACACGCCAGUGAUAAGUUAUGGUCUGUUAUACAUUUCCAAUUAAAGUAAUUACAACCCAUUUUAGGUUUUAUUAUUAUUGAUAAGGAUAACUUAGUAUAAAGAACGAAUGCAUGUGAACCAUCCACCGAAUAUAUAUUAUACAGCUUUAGUACCAGUUUCUUUACAAACGAGAUAUAACUUGAGACAGACCUUGGAAACGUCGAUGAUGUUCUAACGAAACAGUGUAAGGUCGGCGUAGAACCUCCAGUUUGUCACUAUGAGUCAAUUGCCUAGUGAGUGAUUUUCUACGUAGGGUUACCUGUUCGUUCGAGUAAAGACGUGCCGCAAAGCGAUUUAGCGUUCCGUCUCUUAUAAUAAUGGGUUUUAUAACACUGCCUCAAAACUUACAGGAUAGUCCGUUACCAUCUUAGAUUGCAUCAUCACUUAUCAACAGGUCAAGGGCUAACUUGUAGUGGAAUAAAAAAACGACGAUCUCUAUGGAAUCGAAAGAGCGCUAUCUAGUGAAAAUAUUGUUACACAGUAUUGUUACUAGAAGAGCGCCAUCUAGUGAAAAUAGUGUUUCACAGUAUUGUUACUAGAAGAGCGCCAUCUAGUGAAAAUACUGUUUUACAAGUAUUGUUACUAGGUGGCGCUCUGUCGACUCCAUAAUAUCUUAGUCGACUUUCACGCCAUUGAAUUCGGAAACGUAGGUAGAACGCAAACUGUGAAUAAUUAAAGUACGUACACUUAUAUGGUAAAUUUUGCGCUGACGUUAUUAUGAACUUAUAAUUUCACUAAACCUAUCGCCUAAAUUCCUUCAAUAAACACCUAAGCAACAUUAUAAAAACUAUUAUACAAAUGCAUUAAACGUUCACUGCCUAGCUGAUGAUUCUCAUAAGAUAUACUGAAACUCGCAUCACCCAAGUAUGAAAGGUUGUGAGAGAUGCGAGAUAUAUAAGGUCACUACGAAUUAUAUUAUUGUUAAGUGUAAUAAUUUAGGAUAUUUUUUUACAUUUUAUAAUUUGAUGGUCGGGGUUCUUAAGGUUAUCAAACGCUAGGUUAAUAAAUGUAAUGUAAUAUAUUGAUUAAUAUAGUGUGGAUUAGGAUAAAUUGGCAGAAGUGACAUUUUCGCGUAUCGAAACUAUAAACCAUCAUAGUACAAUUGACUCUU